AUGGCGCGUUCUCUGUCUACAUCUGUGAAAAAGCCAGCACAUAAACGGCUGCAGCUGCAGCCUCGCCGCCGCCGCCCCGCGCUAUGCCGCUCGUUCGAACAAAGAGUGGAAGAUGUCCGGCUUAUCCGAGAACAACAUCCUACUAAAAUCCCGGUGAUAAUAGAGAGAUACAAGGGCGAGAAACAGCUUCCUGUGCUGGAUAAAACCAAGUUCCUCGUCCCCGAUCACGUCAACAUGAGCGAGCUCAUCAAAAUCAUACGAAGGCGCCUGCAGCUGAACGCCAACCAGGCCUUCUUCCUGCUGGUCAGCGGCCACAGCAUGGUGAGCGUGUCCACGCCCAUUUCCGAGGUGUAUGAGAGCGAGCGGGAUGAGGACGGCUUCCUGUACAUGGUCUACGCCUCCCAGGAGACGUUUGGCAUGAAGCCGGCCGCCUAAGACCGGCCAAACCAUCUCCAGAAUUGUCACCCCUUACUAAGGGGCGGGGAAGAAAAGGGAUGUUAGCGCGGGGUCGAUGGAUCAGCUCCUCUAAGCACAGGCCCUCACCACUGCAGCGUCCGCCCACG